CCUUCAACGUCAACGUGCAUGAUAAGCUCAACGACAUCUAAUCCUCCACCACACCUGUCUGUCCCCCUCAGGCCACCAUCAAUUCAACGGUUGUUGCAGCAUUCAAUCGCCAGCAAAAUGUCGAAUCGCACAGUACCCGUUCUCAAGUUCGUCGGAACUGUGAGUUUGGGAUUGCUCACUGGUCUUUCGGCAUCUCUAUCCACAAUAGCACUCCCAGCUCUGCUCACGCUCCCCACCGCUGUUACUGCCCGCUCAACAUACACCUAUGUCUCAUCCAAAACCCGCCUCAUAAGCUCUUACCUCCGAUACAUUACCACCUUCACCUUAUUCUCGGCAUUUGUCUUGUCUCCUGCACGCUUCCGCCACCCUUACCUGCUGUAUACUUCCAUAGUCGCCUUCGCAUCGGCCCCUGGUGUCGAGUUCGCUAUGUCUCUUGGAGCCGAUAAGAAUGUACCAUCCAACUUGGAGCUCGAGGAACAAGGCGAUGAUGUCAACGGCGAGCAGGUUCGUCACGCAGUGGAGAGGAUGAGGGUUGUGGAGACUGCCACCGCAGGUGUUGCCGGUCUUGCCUUUACCAUGGGCCUCGUCGGUCUUUGGGGAGACGGCGCCUAA